GUCCGAUAUCGAUGUUACAGGACAAUUCGGACCUGAGUCAUCUUCCUUCGUACACAAAAGUGAUCAAACCUACCAGGUCUCUCCUAAGACGCUUGUACACUUGCGUUCAUAGUUUAAACCGAGCAUAAAGUUCUAGAAGCAGACAAAAUAUAGUGCAUCACCUCGAAAGCCAUGUUCAAGAAGAAGCCCAAUAUCAAACCGCUUUCACCGAUUAGGUCUUCGGAUCGUCGCAAGAUCGCCGAGCAGAUAAUCAGUGAUUGGAAACUCGAAAAGCCGCUCGAGGAUGGAGCAGACGAAGCGACAAAGGCGGCGGCUGCUGCGGCACAUAUAGCCCUUCGAAAUUCCUUGGUUCCAGAGAACUCGCAAUCAGCACGCUUUAUGUCCACAAUCGGCCCCGAAUUGUCCCCGAUUUCAGGCACAAUAUACGUCGGCUCGCACAAGGGCGCGGAGCCAAGGGUGCUGUGGUUCAAAUAUAAGGACCGCAUGUACCCAACAGUGUACACCUUGUGGCAGAAUCCGAAAAUAAUUCCCCUAUUGCACACUCCGGAUAUCGUCGUCGAGAAAAUCCAAGGCGGGGCUUCGCUUAUGACCCCUGGGCUCGCUGGACCACCCUUCCCCUCCAAUGCAACGAAGGGAUCAAUCGUCGCAAUCGCGUCGUGGGACACUCCGAGUGUUCCUAUGGCAGUGGGAACCUGCGUUAUCGAUGUCAGUAUCCUUACCCGGGUGCAAGGAACCAAAGGCCAUGCCGUUGAGCCGGUUCAUUGGUAUGGAGAUGAGCUCUGGGAUUGGUCGCCUAAUGGAAUACCCGGAAAGAAAUCACCGGAGGAGCUCGAAAGCUGGCUGCAGGAAGAGGACACUGCGGAUGGAGUCACUCAGCUGACCGAAGAGCUUGAGCUCGAGGACACUGAUGGUGGCGUGCCCCUGACAGACGAGCAGAACGAUGGAAACAAUGGGGAGGCCCCAGAACCUGGUCGACAGGAAGAUGAUGAAGGAGAAGAGCCAGAUGACGCUCCGAGGCGACCUCAAAGAGAAUACACCACUCAAGAGAUUGAUGAGGUAUUCCGAAAGGCCUUCGUGUGCGGUGUCCAUCAUUACAAGCGGCUCAACGAGGGGCAGAGCACUUAUGGGUUGACAUUCCCGCUGUCCGCCACGUUCACGAUGUCAUCAUUGAUCCAGCCGUUCCUACCAAUCUUCGAUGAAGCCGACGCCAACGCAUUUCAGAUCAAGAAGACCAGCUGGAAGACCCUCAAGAAAUUCAUCAACCAUCUCGGCAAACAGAACAUUCUCCUGUCCAAGACUUUUGGUGGUGGUAGCGGAGAAACGGUGAUUUUGGAUAUCGAUUUCAAUGAUGAGGCCAUUGUGAAGUUUCGGCCAUAUUCGCUUCCCAAAAAGAAGAAACCAAACCAAGAGGCGGAUGGCAAAGCGGGUUCCUCGUCAUCGGGAAAUCAGCAACUGAAACUUACUACUUUCUACCGACCGAAAUCCAAUAUCAGUGCCAUCUUCCCCGGAGAGACGUCCAAGGCAUUCUACACCCGCUCACAGCUCCGACAUGAUCUGGAUGCAUACAUCACCGCGAAUGCACUAGGAGACACGAAGAACCCCCGACUCGUGAAAUUCGACCCUGUCAUAGCCAGUCUUUUCAACGGGUCUAAUGCCACCGAUGCGAAAACCCUCGCUGCCGGUGGGGUUCCUCGGGAUGCACUCGCCACGCGGCUCGAGAAUUCCUGCAACACCUUCUGGGCGCUUCAUCCGAAUUCGAUGGCACCGGAUGAUGUGCCCACAACCAUCAAACCCAAGGCGGGCACGCCGCCAAAGGUUACCAUAAUACUGGAGCAGCGAGCGGGCAACAAGGUCGUGACGAGGAUCACGGGAAUCGAGCCAUACGGGAUCCGUGCGCAGAGCCUUGCCGACGAGCUGCGGAAGCUCUGCGCCAGCUCAACGAGCGUGGACCAGGCGACAGGUGCGAAGAAGGGGGUGGAAGCGUUUGAGGUGAUGGUUCAGGGAAAUCAACAUCGAGACGUGGCGAAGGUGCUCGGGAAGAGAGGGGUGAGGCCGGAGUGGAUCACGGUUACGGAUCGAACGAAGAAAAGUAAAUCGGCAGGGAGGUAACGCCUCACAUGAACCUUUGAACUUGGCUUAGUUCACGAUGGACGAGUCACCCGGCGCUCCCAAAGAAUCAUAUUGCAAUAUCGUUGACGAAAGUCAGUCUUAGUACAAAUGGAACGCCCACUCAUCUAUCAUCAAAUGUCAUGUCUCCAGCUCCCUAGCUGGAAGUCGGCUCGACUAUCCAGUUUCCUCAAGUGGUUUCUGAGCCCAGGAAACAGUCAACGGGAAAUAAACGUGGAUC